GAGAGGAGCUCAAAGUUAACUUUAUCGAAACUUUCAGGGAAGUGUGUGUGUUUUUUAUUAACUUCUGCGGACGAAGGUUACACUCACCGCCAGUAACCGACACUUUACCAAGAUGAAGAGCCUCAAGUAUCGGUUGAAAAGACAAGAAGUUACCAUCACAAACACGGACUGGAACAAGUAUGAUGACCGGCUGAUGAAGGCAGUGGAGCGUCGAGAAGCGGACAAAGUUGCUGCUGUUCUCAACAAGAAAGGCAUCAUUCCCACCAAGCUUGACGUCGAAGGACGUUCUGCGUUUCAUUUGGCAGCAGCACGAGGACAUCUGGAUUGUCUCAGUCUCAUUCUUGGACAUAAUGUUGACAUCACUGCGAGUGAUGCUGCUGGUAAAAAUGCUCUUCAUCUGGCUGCUAGAAAUGGACAUUCGUUGUGUGUGCAGAAACUGCUGCAGCACAACUGUCCUGUUGGAAAUGUGGACCUACAAGGACGAAGUGCUCUGCACGAUGCCGUUAUGGCAGGCUGCUCCUCCAGUGUGAAGCUUCUUUGUGACAGCGGGGCUUCUGUGAACGCCAGUGAUUUUGAUGGCAGGACCCCUCUAAUACUGGCUACCCAGCUGUGUCAUCCUGACAUUUGUGAGCUGCUGGUUGAGCGCGGGGCUGACAUCGCUGUCCGAGACAAACAAAACAAGACGACGCUGAUUUUAGGCUGUGAGAUUGGCUGCAAAGGUGCCGUUGAGCUGCUGCUGAAGAGUGGUGCUGAUGUGAAGGCCGUCGACAGCUUUGGUCACGAUGCCUAUCACUACGCUCGGCUCAGCAAGAACCCAGACCUCGUUGCACUCGUCAAAAGUUACCUUGAUAAGGCCACCAGGGAAAAAGAAGCUGCAAAGGUAGAGCAUUGGAAGCGACAGCUUUCAAUAGAGAGAUCAGAUGCAGCUGAGGCCAACAGAAAAGAUCAAAUAAUACACGAUCUAGAAAGGCAGAACGAGAACCUUCAGGGAAGUAUUAGGAAGUACCACCAGGAGCAGAAAGUUCUGCUGGAUAAGUUCAACACGCUGCAGCAACAGCUCACACAGGAAAAGCUGGCAGUGGAAGGUGCACAAAAAGAGAAGGAGAAGUUGAAGGUGUUACUCAAAGAAAAAGAGGAAGGGGCUCGAGGACCAGAGACCGUUAAAGUUCAGCUCCGCAGUACUUUGGGGGAGUACUCAGGCCAGUCUGUUAUCAAAGGGAAAGAAAAUAUUUUAGUCAAACAAGCUUACAGUCUGGAUUCUGAAAAGAUGAUCCAAAAUCCGGCUGCGUCCAAACAGCACCACAAGAGUCCGACUCAAAUCAGCUGGGAUCUGUCAGAAGUGGACGCGCUUCGACGGGAUCUUGAAGUCGUCAAGAGGAAACAAGAAGCGGCAGAGGAGGAGACGGCACAGCUUCAGGCUGCGCUGAACCGUAAAACCCGCGAGUGUCAGGAAGUGGCUCAGAGCCGAGACACGAUCCAGAAACAGGCCGACCAGCAGAUUCAAGAACUGGAGGACGCCCUGGGAGACGUCCAGAAGAGAAUGCUCGACUCCGAGUAUAAAGUCAAGCAGCUGCAAGCUCAUGUCGUUGCCGUAAAAGAGCACUUGGGUGGGCAGGCGGCAGAAGAACUGCGCGCGCAGCUGCUCGACGUGAAGUCCAAAUACGAAGGCGCUUCAGCCGAAGUGGGCCGCGUUCGUAACCGCCUCAAACAGAGCGAGAAAGCUCUGGAGGAAUACAAGAGCAGCGAGAGCCAGCUGGCAGCAGAAACGGAGAGGCUGAACCAAGAGCUGGAGGCUCUGACGGGUGAACGCAACCGCCUCGCAGAAACCAGUUCAAAGAUGGAAACCCAGCUGAAAGAGGCCCAGACUAAGCACGUAAACACAGUACCUGCUGAGAAGUUUGACAACAUGAAGAACCUCCUGACCAACGCUGUCGACGAGAAGGAGCGGCAGCUCGCCGAGCUCAGGGAAGACUACGACCGGGUCCUGGAGGAAGUGGCCGAGCUCCACCGAAAGUUAGACAAUCCGUCAUCCCAGGGGGGGUCGGGGGCGAUGUCCGCUGAGGAGCAUCAGAAGGUUGUGGCUGCUCUUGAAGAACAGAACACUUCUCUAAAAAGGACACUGAUGGAUGUGACCACCCAAAGCAAGGCUUUUAUUCAGGAGCUUGAGGAGAGCGAGGAGGACAGGGAUGUGCUCCGAGAGCAGCUGGACGAGCUGAACAACCGGGUCACGACUGAGUUCAUACCCACAAAAGAUCACGAGGAGAUUCGAAAGAACAUGGUAACAGCUCUGGAGGAGCUCGAGGACAAACUCGUAGAGGCCAGUGAACGUUCUGGAAAAGCAGAGGCGCAGGUCCAGCAGCUCCAAACCGAGCGAGCCUCAUCGCUGGAGACCCUCCGCAACCUCCGAGACACCUGUGAGACAAAUCUGAGGGAGAAGGACGCUCUGAAGACUCAGAAUGCUGAACUGAUGAAGAAACUUGAACUCCUGCAGAAGAGAGCUGAAGACCGAGACAAAGAAUGUGAACAUCUGACCGCACAGAACCAGAGUCUGGAGCAGAGCUUGAAGGAGCAGUUUGUUCCCAAGCAGCAGCACGAGCAAGUGAAGAUGGAGCUGAGCUCCACCUUAGAAAGUGUGAAAGCAGACAUGUUGAAGUUGGAGACCAGGGAAAAGGAACGUGGGAUGGAGCUGAAGAAUGUGAAAGAUGGGAAGGAGAAGUUGAAAGACCAGUUGGAAAAGGUUAUGUUGGAGAUGAAGAGUACGUAUAUCAGCGUUGAACAGCACAGAGUGGUCACAGACAAGCUGAACGCUGCUGCAGUCGAGGCAGAAAACCGAGCAAAUGAUGCUACUGCAAAGCAUGCUGUGGCUCAGGAGGAGAUCGCAAAGCUUACACAAGAACUGGAAGCUCAGAAGAAAGAACUGGACACCAUACAGGAGGCCAUUCAGUCCAAGUUUGUCCCACUGACGGCAGCUAAGGAGAAGGAAACCUCUUACAGCUCCCAGGUGAAGGAGCUGACGGAGAAGCUGUUGGAAGUGGAAGACAAAUAUAAAACAGAAAGAGCUGCCAAGGAGAGCAUCAGGCAGGAGGAGGAGAAACUCCAGGUUGAUCUGAAGUCUGUUCAGCAGAGACUGGACUUUGUUCUGGCCACGAGUGAGAAGCACAAUGAAGCGGAGGAAGAGUUGAAUUCUAAAUUUGAGGUUCUGACCCAGAAGUCGGUCAGCUUGGAGCAGCAGCUCCAGGAGGUAACCCUUCAGAAAACUGAACUUCAGGACCAGAGUGCUCUGCACAGCACUCAGAUCCAGAACUUCCAGGAACGUCUGAAAUCUGAGUUGACUCGGAUAGCAACGUAUGACACGGAGCUGAAGACCCUCCACGACGCCCUGCAGCAAGCUCAGACCGACUGCAAGAAAGCAAGAGAGGCCCAGCAGGAGGAGGCCCAGAGAGUCUGCUCCUUACAGAAGGAGCUCCAGGAGCAUCGCUGGGAUCAGACCUCCCUGCUGCAGCAACACGCCAAGGCCAAGGAAGCCCUGGAGGCCGACGUCACGCAGCUUCAGAUGUCUCUCCGCGAGGAGGAGGAGAACAACGCUCAGAGGGCCGAAGACGUAUCUGCCCUGCAGUCAGAGCUGCUUCAAGCCACACAAGCCCUGGAAGAGAUCCGCUACAAGGAAGACCAAAUGAAGCAGCUGAAACAGGAGAGGCAGCAGCUGGAGGAGGAGGCUGCCAACCUGAGCAACAAGCUGAAGAGCUUAGCAGAGGAGUGUGAAGAGGCCCGUCUGGAGGCGAGGAGAGCCAGAGAGGGCGAGAGCAAGGCCAGGGCCGAGGUGGAGGCCGUCCAGGAGAAGGGACGAGCCAUCGAGAGGGAAAUCAGGGAGCUGAAGGAGAGGUACGACGGGUCGCUCACUACCAUCUGUGAUCUGCAGAAGAGGAUUCAGACAUCAGCUCAGCUGACUGAAACCAAAGAUAAGAAGAUCACAGAGUUGUUGACAGAUGUGGAGCGGCUGAAGCAGGCUCUGAACGGACUGUCCCAGCUGGCCUACACGAGCAACGCACCGAACAAGAGGCACACGCAGCAAAUCGACGCUCUGCAAGCCCAGAUCCAGAGCCUCCAGCAGCAGCUGGCUGAUGCUGAGAGGCAGCACAGAGAGGUGGUUUCAAUUUAUCGCACUCACCUUCUGAGUGCAGCACAGGGUCACAUGGAUGCGGACGUCCAGGCGGCCUUACUGCAGAUCAUCCGCAUGAGACAGGAGUUCCUGUGUUAAAGCUUCAAAACUGGCUCGAUGCACCGUCGUCACAUCUUUCCUCUACAGUGGCCUUGAUGCGGCCCCUCAGACUGCCCAGUGUAUGUGUGUGUGUGUGUGUGUGUAUGUGUGUGAGAGAGAACAAAAUUAUCCCAAUACCCUGUUCUAAAUUCCUGAAGUCCAUAUUUUUAUUUUUUUGUAGUUUAGCUGCACUUUGAUUCUUUGACAGAUGUCUAACUGCAGCUUUCACUUCAGCAGAAACACGGGAAAUCAAACACUCACUUUCCAUUAAAAUACUAAUACCUCUUUUUAAACUUUAAACUGUUUAGUUCAGUUUAAUAAAAUGUUUUAUGAAUGACGUUGAAAACCUGUAUUUUAUGCAGCUUUAACCCAUUAGUUCAGUAAUAUGGAAGUUAUUUGAAACGUGGGUGUCUUUCUUGCGUACUAAUUGUAUAAAUGUUCAUAAACCAUAAAAUCUGGACAUGAACCCAAAGAUUACUUUUCACAUUCCCACCUAACAGUCACCAGUGAUGCAGAACGGUCUCACAUUAACUGCAGCGUAGCUCGGCUUUAAAGGACUCGUUCACAUUUUUUCAUUAUGUGCAAACGCUAAAGGAGUUGCAGCCGUGGUUUCCAAAGCUGGGGUGGGCCCUCACUGCAAGUCACCUCAAGGAAUCAAACUAAAUGUAAAAAAAAUAUGUUGUUGAUUGUUUAUUUGUGCAGUUAUUGUGACAAGAUAAAAACAGCAGUCACAAGUUUAAAAAAAAAAGAAAAUGUUUGACGCGAGCUGAGUUGUUGUAUCCUGGGUCUGAAAGUCUUGAUUCUUGGGUCGUAAGGGGAACGCUUUGGGAACCACUGAGUUACAGGAUGUGUAAUUACUGCUCCUGAUGACUUUCUGACCCAUCAGAACCUGCUAGAAUUUAAUUAUUUAUACAAAUUAAAAUAUGUUUUAAUACUACUAGAAAGCCUGCAGCUGUUUCUGAUAUAGAUAGUCUUAAAGUCUGGUUAUUAAACUUGCAGUCUAAUUAAUGCUUUUCUGUCUGUAUGCU